AGUUCGUAGUAUGUUCAGAAAUUUACAUUCGCUCUACACGGAUGCCGUCUGCAAUCCGUUCUACAUUCCCGGCGAACCGUUGACAUCGGCAACAUUCGACAGAAAUGUUAGAAAUAUUAUUAGUACUAACUGAAUAAAUUCUUCCGCGCGUUAGCAAUGUUCUCUAUUCCCUAUGAGUUUUUAAUUCCUCCCAGCUUGCUAACGGUCAGUAUCUACGCGUUGAGACGUUAUAAAAUCCGAAAGUGGGGUUGGGUCACAAAUAAAAGUUCUUUAAGAGGAAAACUUUUCAUCAUAACUGGAGCAAACACUGGCCUUGGGUAUGAAACUACCAAAGCGCUGACAACCAGACAGGCCACCACCAUUAUGGCAUGCCGAAAUUUAUCCAAGGCCAACGAAGCCAUCGACAAGAUUCGCCAAGAAACCAAAGAAGGUAUAUUGAUACCGAUGGAGCUUGAUUUGGCUUCGUUUCAAUCAAUUCGAAAGUUUGCCUCGCAAAUAAAAGACAGAUUUCCGGAUUUCCACUGUCUGGUAAACAACGCUGGGUUGGCAGCUCAAGAUCCGGCGUUUACCCAAGAAGGAUUCGAGGUGCACUUCGGCGUGAAUCAUCUCGGUCAGUUCCUUUUAGUGGAUUUGCUAAAAGACAAUCUGAUGAAAAAUAGCUCACGAGUUGUGGUGGUGUCAUCGCGGAUGCACGAGAUAGAAGCAAGCAUAGACAUCGACAACCUGGGACGGUGGGUUGAGUACGACAGUCGGUUGAACCGGUUGUACAACAAUUCGAAGCUGAUGAAUUUCUACUACGCACGAGAGCUGUAUAAACGGGGCUUUAACGUACACGUGCUCUGUCCCGGGCUGUGUCACACGGAUUUUUUCCGGCACUACGACCCCAAGUGGUAUCACUAUCUGCUUUUCUCCCCGAUAGUGUGGCUGAUGCUACGCUCUGCCGAACAGGGAGCCCAGAACAUAAUCUACUGUGCAACAGAAAGCGUUACUGACGAGAAGCGAAAUCCCACGACAGGAUAUUUCAUAUCGAAUGUGAAGAUGCGGAGAUCAAAGUUUUCAUUCGACGAAGAAAUUUCCCAGCGGUUAUGGAACGAAAGUGUUGCAGCAAUAGAGGAAACCAGCAGGAGCGAUUAAAGUUUUUUUUUGUUUGGCUUGGGGGCUUGAUGGUCUUAAGGCAUGGUCUAAAACUGAACUUGGUGAAGGGGUAGAGGACAUUGUAAACGCGUGGAUGGAUUUAUGUACAUACUAAACAAAAAUGUUUUCGAUGAUAGAAAUGCUGUAUCUGUACAUAAGCUGGUGGUUGAUGGUAUAAAAAAAUAUUCAUAAGAAAUGUGUAUAACUCAAAUAAUAGAUAUGGUGUCCAAACUAUCUAACCAACACAUAAUUUCAUCUUUGAGUUUUCUUAAUUUUAUAAUUGUUUCGUCGUGGCAGUUAUUUUGUUAUGUACUACACCCCCGGAAAUAAUUAAGGCAUUCUCUGAUUUUCAUACAAAAUGGUCAUGUUUGAGGAUCAAAAUCUUGAUUAGCGAUCUAGCGAUUAGAUUGAAGGCAUAUUUGGCAUCUUAGCCUAGAAUGGCUUAAAUUUUCAAUUAAUGAUAGUUUUUCGUAUGCAUGUUUACUGAAAAGGAAUGCAAUAAAGCCACAUUAUAAAACCACUACUUUUAUAUGGAGCUUCAUAUAAAAUAAGUAGUUUUAUAAUUAUUUCCAACAAAAACGUGCCGUUUCAGUAAACGUGAAGGUAUAUAAAAACCAUCUGGGAUGCCAAAUGCGACAUCAAUCUAAUUGCUAGAAAUUGAGAUUUUGGUUCUCAAAUAUGACCAUUUUGUACGAAUUCUCCAAAUGAGACAGACCCAAAAAAAGUUUUUUUUUUUCAUUCUAAUUUGAACCACGCUAAUGUAUAUUCAUAUUUUCGGGGGGUGUAUUUUUAACAUACAAAUAAUCAUUCAAAGGAAAUGGGGAACAGUCCCGUUUUUCACCUUACUGGACAUAUAUUCAUCUCAUCGCAAAACAAAGAAAUACAGCACCAAUCUCGUCGCUUCUUUUUGCUUACAUGCGUGCUAACUACUGGAAAAAAUCACAAAAAUAAGAAAUAAAUGAUUUGUUUAUCGGCUUUAUCGGUCAGUUCUACUCAAAGUAUGAGGGAGGAGGAGGCUUCUAAGCAUCUUGAAAGGAGGCCUCUGAGCCUUUUAAAAGAAGGUAUCCAAGCCUCUUGAAAGGAGGCUUUCCGAGUAACACUUUUUAGGCUGAUUAGGUUGCAAUAACUCAUAUGUGACUUGAUUUAGUCAUACAUAAGUUUUAGUAACUCUUCAAUGGCUCUACAUUCCAACUGGAACUAGGCCUGCUUUUUCAACUCAAGCAUUUCGGGUGUUGAGAAAGCUUCUAACCUGAAAACAUCCUAGACCGGACCGAGAAUCGAACUCGCCAUCUCCGGAUGCAGUCCUACGCCUUGUUCGCAAGGCUACUGGAGACCCCGCUUCAGUAACUCGUCUACGACAAAUGUGCUGCUUGGGUUCCGAGCCUCUUGAAAGGAGGCUUCCGAGCCUCUUGAAAGGAGGCUUCCGAGCCUCUUGAAAGGAGGCUUCCGAGCCUCUUGAAAGGAGGCUUCCCAAUCAACACAAAAUCGUAUAUGAUGCAACAUAAGAUGCUAAAGAGGAGGCGAUAUACGUACAUAUUGUAUGGGGAAGUAUCUAUAUGGCCUCCACUUUAGCAUCUUAUGUGACAUCAUAUACGAUAUUGUGUUGACUGGGUUCCGAGCCUCUUGAAAGGAGGCUUCCGAGCCUCUUGAAAGGAGGCUUCCGAGCCUCUUGAAAGGAGGCUUCCGAGCCUCUUGAAAGGAAGCUUCCAAGCCUCUUGAAAGGAGGCUUCCAAGCCUCUUGAAAGGAGGCUUCCAAGCCUCUUGAAAGGAGGCUUCCGAGCCUUUUGAAGGAGGCUUCCGAGCCUUUUGAAAUGAGGCUUCCGAGCCUCUUGAAAGGAGGCUUCCGAGCCUCUUGAAAGGAGGCUUCCGAGCCUCUUGAAAGAAGGCUUCCGAGCCUCUUGAAAGAAGGCUUCCGAGCCUCUUGAAAGGAGGCUUCCGAGCCUCUUGAGAGGAGGCUUCCGAGCCUCUUGAGAGGAGGCUUCUGAGCCUCUUGAAAGGAGACUUCCAAGUAUCUUGCAACGAAGCUACUGAGCUUUUCGGAAACAGCCUUCAUAACUCUCAAAUGGAGGCUUCCGAUCCUUAAGUUAGAUUCUAGAUUUUAGUCACUCGACGUUUUGUCCUUUUAAUCAUUUGUCUCACUGCCCUUCGUACACUGUGUUAGUUGUUGUGGGCAGGAUUAAAUAGGUUUCGAUUUACUGAUCACCAUGCAUAUGUACAUUGUAAAACACAAAGUUUCGGAAUAAGGAAUUACAGUCGACUCUCUACAUCUCGAUGUUCUAUAUCUCGAUAUCUCUCCCUAUGUCGAUGGUUUCCUCAGUCCCUUCAAACUACAUACUUUUGAGCUUUCUACAAAAAACGAGCUUUUUUGGAUCUAGUACCCAUUUCAAUUUUCUUUCCAUUCCUCGAUCUCUCCCUAUCUCGAUGGUCCCUUCAAUAUCGAGAUGUGGAGAGGCGACUGUACAUGAUUAUCAAAACUGUAUCAAUAAGGUUUUGUAUUGUAAUACAUUCGCCAUUACAUAUUUUCCGAGGUAAUUCUUGGGCCAGCGAAGGUACCUCCAGGGGCAUAUGUACCCCAGGUUGAGAUCCGCUGCUCUACAUGACAAAACAAAAUGUCGAACUUUUUCCAAGCCUGAAUGAGCGAAACUCUGGUGGUCUUAUUUCGAUUUUAUUAUAUCUCAUUUCCGAACUCCGAUUUAAUUUCAUUUAUUCAGCUUAACAAAUAACACUGAAUGAACAAUUAAUUGAAAUUUUCUGACUGUAGUUUCUUCUGGAUCGUACCUAUGAAGGUACGAUUUUUACAGAUGACACGCCAUCGCAUUUCACGACUGAAAAUAUUAUUAGUAAUGACCAAAAAUAGACGAACUCCUCGAUCACCUCGAAGCCCCGUCACCACCCAUACCGCAGGCCUGGUAGCGAGUCACUUUUUAGUGACUUGGUCACUUUUUUCGGGUCAGUCACUAAAAAGUCUCUUUUUUCGACCUCAGGUCACUAAAGUCACUUUUUCUCGGAAAAAGUCACUAUUUUCAACUAUUUUGAAACUAUUGACGAGGUUUCGUUAAGAGCAUCGUAGCGGAAAGAAAAAAAAAUGUUGAAAAAUUUGAAGCUUCUUCGAUCGUAAGAUGCUUUAUUCAUGACGGACAUGAAAUGACGGCAGAGGUCAACCAGCUAAGGGCUGAGAUCCUCUACUAAAGAAAAAAAAAAUGAAAUGACGGAUUUAGAAAAAAUGACUAAUAUUUUUUGGCCCGACAUCCGAAAUCUGUUCGCAACUUCUUAGUGACCUAAAAUUCGCUCUGAAUCUAUUAUUAAUUAUUAGAUUUAAAACAGCGUUUAAUUGAAGGGGUUUUGUGUCACUGUGAUACAAUUGUGUAUAUAGUGAUGUGAUGCAAGCAGGAUGGGUACAGGGGAUUGAGAUUCUAAAUAUAUUCACAAGACUAAUAGCAGAACUUGCUUAUUUUUAAAUCUAAAUAAAUUAAUAAAAUCUAAAUAAAUAAAUUCAAUGCAUCUUUUCAAUAAAAUUCUGAUGUUUUUAUCUCAGUCUUACAUAAUUGUAGAUACAUUUCCUGUUGUUGUGAUGCUCAUUAGUGCAUACCCAAAACUAACAAGCUUUUUAGUUUUUUUUUAGUUUUUUUAUAAUAAUUCCUUAAAACAAAAUCCUUUAGGUUUCAAAAUUAUUCUUUGGUUUCAGAUGUAUAAACUUUGUGAGUCAAAUUAAAUCUAUGUCGAAAAAUUAUUUAAAUAAAUUUCUGUAUGAUUUUUCGAAUAAGUUCGAACCCAUAUAAAAAGACAGGAACACCGUCUUCGACCAGAGGUCGUACAGACUGAACAGUGAACACUUUACCACCUAGACAACGGACAGGGCACAUAACACCCAGUGGACUGGUGGAGACCGAUCACGAAAGGUUUCCUCCUUACCGGUGCGGGAUCGAACCCACGCUCCAUAGCCAAGGCGUUUAGACGAUUGACGUCGCUAACCGCACGGCCACGAAGCUCAAACAUUAUUGCCCAUUAUUUGGUAUGACUGCCCUCAAAUUGUGUUUUUCCAGUGGUAGAAGCCCGAAAGGUCAAUUCGUGUUUUUUGCGGAAUUUAUUGCCCCUUCAAAUUGGAAUUUUUGGUCAAAAGAUAUUAGAGGGAGACAUAAUUUUUGAAAAUUAUUUGUAUCGGCCUUAUUAACUUCAUAUAAAAGUCAAUUUUUUUCACUGCAAAUGAAAUUAAAAGUCACUAUUUGGUCACUUUUUCUGCAGCUGAAAGUCACUAUUUGGUCCCUUUUUUCGUCAGUUUUGGUCACUAAAGUCACUAUUUUGAGCGGCAUUUACCGCUACCAGCCCUGAUACCGUCAAUCACGGCAAAUACCCGGAUGAGCAGCUGUAAUACCUCAAACCUAAAUCCCAACCGUCCGUCCUGAAAUUACGCAAUCUAACCUUGAGUCGCCACGAGUAUCUUGGUCCAUACCCUUUCCCCCUUCUUCUUCUUCUUCUUCUUAUUGGCAUUACAUCCCCACGCUUAAGCACUUCCACAGUUCUUAACUGCGAGGUUUCUAAGCCAGGUUACCAUUUUUGCAUUCGUAUAUCAUGAGGCUAACACGAUGAUUCUUCUAUGCCCAGGGAAGUCGAGACAAUUUCCAAGCCGAAAAUUGUCUAGACCGGCACCGGGAAUCGAACCCAGCCACCCUCAGCAUGGUCUUGCUUGUAGCCCCGCGUCUUACCGCACAGCUAAGGAGGGCCCCUUUCCCCCUACUAACUUUUGAUAAUAAGAUGAUAUCGAUUGUAAACAUCAUAGUCUCGGCUCCGUUAAGUGUUAUACACGCCUGAGCUUGUCAAAUAAACGCAAUAAAUAAAAAAAGCCCCGUAUUUAUUUAUUUAUCAUCAGACUAAGGCCGGAGUGGCCUAUGCUGCACAUAAAAGACUUCUCCAUUCAGCUCGGUCCAUGGCUGCACUUCGCCAACCACGCAAUUUGCGGAGGGUCCGCAAGUCGUCCUCCACCUGAUCGAUCCACAGUAAACUCCGUUUACCUUUGCUAUAACAAAACCAUCAUCGUCAAGAAGUAAUAUUAUCUCCUGGAAGGGGUAUCGCCCGCAAUUCCAGAUGGUCACUAUUCCGAACUAAUCCGCAAAGCAAUUUCCAUGCCUAGCAAGGAUGCAGUACGUGUCGGAUAGGCAAGGCAUCAUCAGUCUUUGUCCAUGUACCGCUUGCGCUACUUCGCAAUGGUUGUGAUUUAGCUGAGCUACUUGCAUGAUCGAGCCCGUCUGGAUGCCGGACAGGCCUGCCCACCUGCCCAAGCAGCACGCGCAAGGUUCAUUGUAGUUACAAUGAGUUUGUUACUAUGUUAGGCAGAACCUCCAAAAAGAAUUGAUGGUGGAUGGUUAUAAAGUCGACUCUCUACACCUCGAUGUUCUAGAUCUCGAUAUCUCUCCUUAUGUCGAUAGUUUCCUCGAUCCCUUCAAUCUACAUACAUUUGGGCUUUCUAAAUCUCGAUAACCUCCCUAUCUCGAUCCCUAUCUCCUUAUUUCGAUGUGUUCAGAUUUUUAGGCUACUAGACCAUCUUUGGACAAUAACAAACACACCAACAACAAGAAACGACAUUUGUUUUGUUGUCGUUUUUCAUAGCAACGAGCUUUUUUGGAUCUAGUACCCAUUUCAGUUUUCCUCCCAUUCGACGGAUGGGAGAUUUUAAUACAGUUCUGCAUAAGAACCUUACAGAAACUGUAUAAUAAUUGAGCGUAUACAAAUUCGGAAGAUGUUUAUAUAAUUGUUGUGUUGAAAUCUUACAGAUUAUAUUGUUUUAAUACAAUAUCUGUAUAAAAAGCUUACAGAAUUGUAUAUUCCAAGAUUUUAUACAAUAAUUGUCAGAUUGGUUUUUUGGGUGUGUAGGGGAGACUGGGUAGACUUGAUCCCCUUUUCUGAUUUCCGAUAUAUCACAACCAAAAAUGAAUAAACAUACGCGAUUUCCACACAGACUCUCUAAGAAAUAUUGUAUUUGACUUUACUGAUGUAUGACAGUCCUUAAAUUAUUGUUGUUAUUGAUACACAAUCGAUUUUUUGGAGUGCUGUCAAAAAUCGACUUUGAAAAUAUUUGGGGGAAAUUGAUCCCUCUCCAAGAACUUGCUUUUAUAAAAUUAGAAAGGUGCCCUCAGAUUUUUUAAAUAUUUUCCCUUCAAAAUACGCAGAAUUAUCGAUUUGCUGUGCGUAUACAUGAACGAUUUUUGUUAUUGAAUUCGAUAGCACAUGCAAUUUUAAAAUUUGGGGAGACUUGAUCCAUUUUCUAUGAGAUCUACGCAAUAAAUAUUUUUUCCUGCCAAACCUGCAUCAAAUCCGUCAAAUCUACAAAAAAUUAGAAGCCUAAGACCGGUUUUUAAUUUUUUUGAAUUUUUUCGCCAAAUUUUUGUAUGGGUGACUAACGGGGGAUCAAGUGUUCCCAUAUUGAGACAAUAACUUCAAAUCCAAUUAUCCUAAAACUUUAUUGGAAUGUUGACAUUUUCAACAGUACAGAUCAAUAAGCAUAUUUAUGGCUUGUUGCUGUGAAAAAACGAAAGACUUUGGUCAUUCAUAUAAAAAGUUAUUCAUAUUUUGCGUGGCCAAUAAAAAAAUCUCUGGGAAGGUCAAAAUAUACAAAACGCCCUGCAGAAUAAAUAAGGUUGUCAAUCCAAAAAAUAACUCACUACAUAAAGGUCAUUUGUCUAGAGGAUCUAUACUAAAAAAUACGCUAGAACAAAACUACUUUAGUUCUCGAUAAAACAGGGGGUGAUCAAGUCUCCCCGGGGAUCAAGUCUACCCACCUUCCCCUAUGGAUCUUUUUAUCUUUACUUAAGUGAUUUUUUAAUUUUAAAAUUAAGUUCAUCACUAACUAAUGUAUGAACCUUAUAAAAUAUGAAGUUCAAUAUACAAUAUUUGUACCACAUAACAUAUCUUUAUUUAUUUAAACUUACACGGCGAUACACAAUUUAUGUAAAUAUAACUGAAAUAACAAUCUAUUUCUUCAUUACUAAUCCUAUAAGAAACCGUGUUUCUUAUAUCAACGUCCACAUGAGGUAAUACUAAAAAGCAUUUCGUCAACUCUUUUGUACCUUUAAAUCAUUACCAAAUACGAAUUGUACCUUAUUUUGUAACUUUUUCAAAUGCAAUAAACCUCUUGUACUCUACAAA